ACAUAUUGAAUGCCAUCUGCCGUUAAACCUCAUCGAAUAAGAAGUUGUUCCCACACACAAGGAAGUACCAGAGCUCACCCGCACUAGAAUUGCACGUAAGGUACGCUCAAUAUUUAAGAGAUUGUCGUGUCGUUUCUCUCGAUAUUACUGUUGCAAAUAGCUUCUAAACCCAAGGAAUCAUUAAAUUAUUGUGCUUUUCAGCCAAUACGCAUCAUGAUAACUCACGUGGACACCAUCCCGGUGUAUGCGACAGUUAAGUGCGUGAACAUUUAAUUCAAAAUCGACCUCAAAAGUAUCAUACGUUUGGGUAUGCUACAGUCAGAUGGAUUCGCCGCAGCAAAAGAUAACGAAAACUGUGUCCAGAGAGGACGCGAGUAAAGAAAGCAUGGCGAACAGCCGCCAUGUCAUCAGAAUAAACUUCUGUGGGCCUACGCCUCUUAUGUGGCGUGCGGACGAGUUGAAAUCGGCCCGUGAACUGGGCAUCAUAGGGACCCUGGUGGGGUCUCUGGCCCGACAACCUAGGCAGAACACCCGGCUGGGGAGACCCCUCGAGCUGCUGCCGGAGGAGGGACGACUGCUUGCGGAAAUGGGGAGAGCUGCAGUUAUUCCCGACUCGACAAAUGAGGAUCCCGAGGUGAAUCCAGAGCAAGUGGAGCAGUACCAUGCAGGACUGGAGAACAGCUUUCAGGAACAGGGUGCCAUGGCCUUGGAGGACAGGAAGACAACAUUACUGAGAGUUAUGACUGAGAAACAUAACGAGGAUUCUGGAAGCCAGGAGAAUUCAGACGGUGCGGUGAGAGACCGUCUCGAAGCUCUGGACCACGGCUUCUCAUUCCCUCGCACGGCCAUGGCGGUACAACUGUGCACAGCCCGAGCAGGACUGUCUCACUGUCCCGAGGUGCGCAGUUUCCUGGCCGCAGACUGGCUCAUACCACGGGACGAGAGGUCCGAGACCCGGUUCCGAGUGUUCAGGGACCUGAGACGCCAGGGCUUUUACCUCACCUCGGCCGGGAAGUUUGGGGGAGACUACCUGGUGUACCCAGGUGACCCCCUCCGUUUCCACGCCUAUUUCAUUGUCGUGUGCAUCUCCAUGGACGAGUCGAUGCCCCUGUGUGACGUUCUGGCCAUUGCCAGGCUAGGGUCCAAUGUAAAGAAGACUGUCCUCUUGUGUUCGUCAGGGGAAAGCCAGGGAGAUGACAGGGAGGAGGUGGUGUAUACGUCACUACAGUGGAGUGGAAUGGUGUAGGAUCACAGUUGGAGACUAUAGGUGGAAGCAAUUUGGUGACAUCUCUCAUCUAGCCAGAGGCUACACGUCACUACAGUGUAGUGGAAUGUUGUACGCAGCACCAUAGUGGGACACUAUAUAUGGCGAUAUCGCCAAGUUGUCAUAAUGCUUAUAUCUUUCAAAAUAAUUCAACACAACAGGAGUGCCAAGGGUGUAGAGUCUAGGGUUCUUUUGUAAUUUCAGCCACUGAACAGGAGGUGGGACGGUUACAGACAGCAGGGGUGUAUUCACUAGGAAGCAAACGGGGCGGAAUUUAUCUGAAUUUGUCCAAUAAGAAACUUGUUUUCGUUGCAAAACAUUUAGCUAGUGUCCACUAAUGAAUACACCCCUGGUGCGUUGCUCUCCAGUCCAAUGGGGAGGCUACUAUUAUUGUACCACAAUUAGCAGUGGUACAGUAGGAGUUUGUGAAUAAGAGUAUGAUUUUGGUAAAGUAGCUUGGUUUUUAUCAAAGAUGAAAAGUCGAUAAUACUGCCAACCGUCAUGGCUUGGCUUGAGUGGGGGGGGGGCGUUUCCUUGGAAAAAUAUUUACUUUGAAGUGUGUGUGGAUUGUAAUGUGACAAUUGUUGAAAAUAUAAUUGAAGACAAUUCACUUUAGUGUAACCAUUGUUUGAGUGCUUAUAUGUGUUCUGAAAGACCUGACAUCAGAGAGUUGCCACCACAGAAGAAAAGGAAAGCACUUGUAUUAGGAAAUGCAAUUGAAAACAUUUUGCGGUGGGAAAACAAAAAUGAGUGUUUCUUAAUGAACAUUCCAGGUGAUCCCAGUUUCAGUUCGGUUUUCUUUUUUGGUGCUUAAUGAAUACGACCUUGGACUGCCCCUCACCCUUCUAUAAACAAUACCCCAUAAUGACAAAGUGAAAA